GAAAGAACAUUAAAGAAAAGAGAGAGAGAGAAUGAAAAGAGAUGAGUGAUGAUAAAUAAAACUCUUCAGAAACAACACAAAUCCCAAUUUGAAAUCUCAUUUCACCGCCUAGCGCUUCACCAUCAAACAAACAAACCCCAUCAAUCAUCGUCUCUCUCGACGAUUCUCCUAACAAUUCUCAGCAGGUUUACUUUUACAGCAUUCGGUGGGACUUCUUCUUGAGAUUUUCUUGAGAUGGAUGUCGUUCACCCAGGAGCAGUGUUGCAGCAACUUGACCACAAACCAAGUUUGAUAGGCAGUAGUUUGGAUUCAAAAUGCUCUUCUCAGUGGUCUGCAGUUGAUUACAUUUCUGCUCCAAGAGUUGUUAGAAAGACAGCAUACAAAUCUUCACCAAGUGCCAAAUCUAAAGAGAGUAUAAAUUGUCACGGGUUCCCGAAGCAGCCUUGUGACGAUGUUACUGAUGUUUCCAGAUAUGUAACAUUGGAUGCCUCUGUAGCAAAGGUUGCACCCGAACCAAGUCAUGAUCUUGUGGUUAUAGAUAAUUCUGCUCAAAAAAUAAAAAAAAAGAAGAAUAAAAAGAAGGGAAGAAAUUCAAAGAUGUCAGAAACUGUUUCUGCUGAGACUCGACCCAAUGAAUGUGCUGAAGACAUUACUAGACCAUCUUCUCGAUCACCUAAAGAAGGGGGUAGCGAAAAGGAUGAUAUAACCACAACAGAUGAUGGCUGCCCCUCUGAUCUUACUGGGAGUAGUGUACUAUCCGAGUUUGAUGGUUGGAAUUGUAACAGUGACAAUGCCCUUUUCUCUGGAAGGUUUUUAAAUGGAGUCAAGCAAGGGGAGGAGGGGCCGAAGCCUAUUGAUAAGAAAAUCUUUACGCAACGCGAUGAUCGUUGCAGCAAAGACAUCAAAGAGAAUAUAUCUGUCGGGUGCAUGUCUCAAAACAAGUCAUAUAGAAAUGGCGCAAACAAAUGUAACCGCCAGUUCUCUAGUUAUAGAAAUAGCCAUGCAGUCGCUUCAAAUAGAUGUAUUAAUAUGAUGUCCCAAUCUGCUGCAGCAGAUAAAUCUGGGUGGGACCACAAUAUCCGAACCGAGAAGGAAAUUCGCCAUUCCACCUGGCAUGACAGCAGGAAAAGUUUCAGGGAUGCACCCACCCGCUGGGUGAAGGUCUUUUCUGCUGGGCAUGAUAUUGCUGAUAAAGGAGUUGAGACGGUAAAUAAUAAGCAGAAAAUCUCUGGUAGCACGCAUUUGAAUGAGUCUCCGCGAGGGAGUUCUCAGAGGAUCCAUGGUAGUCUCUGUCAGUUUGACUCUGGAUCAGCGCAAGAUGACUGUGGGAGGAACUUGGACUGGAGGAAGUUCAAAGGAACGCAGAAUCAUUCUUUGAAGCGCAAGAUCAUCAACAAUAGAAAGCUGAAUAAUGGUGGAUAUAACUCUGCUGUUCCAGGUCAAUCAUCGCCCUUUGCCGUCCAUUCAUAUAACUCGAUGAAGAUUUCAAAGAGUGGACAAGUAUCAGAGGGAACUUCACCCAUUUCCUUAGAAGAUGGUAAGAGAGAACCUGCUCGCUUAGAAAUCAACCUAUCUGCCGAAGAUAUCACAAGGAAUUGCUUGCCUCAGGCCAAUUCGCAGCAGUGGGUUCCAAUCUGCACGAAGAACUCAACUACAAUGACAAACUCUGAUUCCUUUGGUGCUUGUAAUGAUAUAACGAUUACUUCAAGUUCAGGGGAGGAGAAAAUUAAAGUCCAAGUGGAAGAGAAUAAAGUUAAUGGCAGUGAAGAAAUACCCACUGUGAUGCCCAUCAAAAAUGAUAUGGCGGAGUUUCAUGAUCAAUUCAAUAGAACUGAAGAGAGUCACAGUAACGGAAAUGUUAGAGAUUAUGUCAAACCGGUUAUUCAUGCAACAAAAGCUCCCUUGUUGAGCAUUGGUUCACAAUUCAGAAUGAAAGCACUAGAUGCUGCUUACAGAUUACAAAUGGCAUCUGAAAGUGUUCAACAUGAAACUGGAAGUCCCCUUGCGGAGUUUGAGAGACUUGUCUAUUCUGCCGCUCCUGUCAUUUCCUCUGCAUUUUCUCCGCAAGAUUGUAGUUUUUGCCUGAGAAAUCAGCUCUCUCAUAGUUCCCUUUGCAAGCAUCAGAUUCCUAAUAUUCCGUUGAGCGCUAUUUGGAAUUGGUAUGAGAAACCAGGUAGUUAUGGACUGGAAGUGAUGGCAUAUGAUCAUAGGAAUAAGAAGGGAGUUGAUAUUAAUUCAGUUUCAUUCACUGCUCAUUUUGUUCCAUUUCUUUCAUCGGUUCAGUUGUUUGGCCGUUCUCGUAUGUGUCAAUGUAGCCAUGUACAACAUGAUUUUGAAUUGCAAGUAGAAGGAGAUGGUAAAGGAUGUGCAUCAUCUUUGAAGAGUUCUAUGAAUAAACCUUGUCCAGGAACCGUUGGGCCUAGUCAUUCUAAAGGGGAUGAAUCCGUGAGAGCACCAGACGUCUAUCCUGCAUGUGUAACUGACUCUGCUAAUUUAUCUUCUACACCUAUAUGCUCAGAUAAUAUGGAACUCUUAUUUGAAUUUUUUGAAACUGACGGGCCACAACUGCGAAAGCCACUUUAUGAUAAAGUAAUGGAGCUAGUAAAAGGUGGCACUUCCAAUCAUAAAGUGUGUGGUGAUCCAUCCAAUCUUGAAUGUAUGAACUUGCAUGAUCUCCAUCCAGCAUCUUGGUAUUCAGUGGCUUGGUAUCCAAUAUAUAGAAUUCCAGAAGGGAAAUUCCGUGCAUCAUUCCUGACAUACCAUUCAUUAGGAUAUCUAGUUCAAAGAUGCUCGAUAGACUCUGAAUGGAAUGAGCAGUCCUCAAUCGUUUCUCCUGUGCUGGGAUUGGAAAGCUACAACACACACGGAGAAUGCUGGUUCUGUCCUAGUAAGGCUAUUGAAAAUUCCCAAGCAAAUACGAUUUACAACAGUUCAGAUAUUCUGAAAGAGAGAUUGAAAACACUGGAGGAAACUGCAUUACUGUUUGCUCGAGGUUCCAUUUACAAGGAUCACGUUAUAUCCACCAACCGGCAGCUGGAUUAUGAGUUCUUCAGGGCACGUAAACGGUGAGGUUCUUUGUUGAGCUCUCUCACCAACGGUACAUUUCCUCCCCAGAUAAAAGCUUGCUAUGUGUGUUUUUGCAAGUGCUGCUUCAUACACUGUAAACAUUGAUGCAUAUUGCGCUUGCUUGCGAAUUGAUUACGUGGUAUAAUGUAGUGUAAAUUCCAAUUACAGACGAGUUACAUGCAGAAUUAGGAUCAAGUUCUCCCAGUUUAACAGACGGCUGGAAAGAAAUGAACAUAGUUAAUAGAUAGCUUGCAAGCUGACAGAGUUGCUUAUAUCUUUAUAUAUGUAGAUGUUGUGCGAAAAACGUAUUCCUGCAAAACUUUUGAAGUAGAUUUGCAAUGUAAAUCUGUAGUUAUAUUAUAGAGUGGAAUGAUUUGAUGUAAACCUAGAUCUUUGAGAUGUAAUCCUUGAGAUCCUUUAAAUGUUUGUACUUAGUUUCUA